CAACCAAUCGUGCGCCGCGCGCCUCUAAGAUGCCUGUCGGCGCCGGCUCAGCCCAUCGACCCGUCGACCUCGCCCCGCGUGACGGUUACGGACAGCGAUGGACCGCACACUCUCAAGUUUUUAGGCGAGCAGCAGGUCCGCGUGAUCAAGCGCGCCGCCGCGUCAGACUUUUCCACAGCGUUACGCCCGCCGACGCGCCACACCGCGCAGGUCCGAGCUCAUGGCCGCCGACAAGAACGGCGACGGCCGCCUCGACGCCGAGGAGCUUAGAGCUUUACUAAAGAAGCACCGCGGCACGUUCACCGACAAAGAAGUGGAAGAUUUGGGCGAGAUGUUCUACGCUGUGUGGAAAUCAACCAGUGAGUUAGGUAGACGACGCGGUCCUUGGGACAACGUCGCGUCGAUGGCGUGGGGCGCCCGAAGUUUGAUUUCCGCUCAGGUUCUACGCGGCCAAGGCCGGCGGUAGCGUGUCCUACGACCGCUUCAUUCAUGCCUUGGACGUCAAGCUCGGCGACGAGGGCGAGGUUGGAUUGGAUAUGGGCAACCACUUCAAGCGCGCCGUCCGAGUCCGAACCCCACGCCAUCGACGCGCCGUCCGAGUCCGAACCCCACGCCAUCGACGCGACGCCGUCGUCCGAACCCACGCCAUCGACGCGACGCCGUCGUCCGACCCCCACGACAUCGACGCGACGUCGUCGACCACGUAGGACCACGGGCACGAAGCACCCGCUCGGUGUGGGCAAAUGUAGCGUCGAGUACCUCGCGGGCGGCUGUGUGGAAAUCAAAAUUUCGUAGUACUUCCAGCGCCUUCCGCCCACCGGCUGAAUCAUGACUUCCACGCCAUCGACGUGAUGCCUGCUCGAUGGCGUGGCAGUGCCGGUCCCUCACCGCUCGACGGAGCCAGCACGGGCGUGUCAUCGCCGAGAAAUGACUUAGUGAACCGCACCCAACGCACUGGUUGAUUUCCACACAGGCCGGCGGCCACUCCGUCUACUCGCCCGAGGAACUAGAUGUGAAAUUGACGCAUACUCCACCGAAGACGACGACGGACAAGGCGGCCUACUACUCGACCUGGUUACUACCUGUGUGGAAAUCAAGAUUUCACGGCGCCUUCGUGCUGAAUCGUCGCGACGACCUCCACGCCAUCGACGCGACACUUUGCUCAAUGGCGUGGCGAUGCCGGUUCCUCACCGUUCGACAUACCAACUCACUGGUUGAUUUCCACGCAGGUUAUUGCGCAAGGGCUUCGACGCGGCCACGCUCUGGAACAUCGGCGAGCUCACGCAGAAGAAGAUUAUGUUAAGGGCGAUCUUCCUGGAGACGAUCGCUGCCGUGCCCGGGUUUGUGGGGGCCAUGUUCCGCCACUUCAAGGCUUUGAGGACCAUGGAGCGCGACGGCGGCUGGACGAACUUGUUGUUGGAGGAGGUCGAGAGCUGUGUGGAAAUCUACCAGUGCGUCGGGUGCUCGAUGGCGUGGAACGCGCCUUGAAAUUUUGAUUUAUGCACAGGCGGAGAACGAGAAGAUGCACUUGUUAGCGUUCAUCAAGAUGUACCAGCCGGGCACGAUGUUCCGGCUCGCGGUCAUCGGCGGCCAGUGCGUCUUCGCGACGUUCUUCGGGACGAUGUACGUCAUCAACCCGACGUACUGCCACCGCCUGGUCGGCUACGUGGAAGAAGAGGCCUGUAGCACGUACACGAAGAUCAUCGGCGGCAUCGAGGCGGCGCCGGAAGGGAGUGAAUUGGCCGCGUGGCGCACGCAGAUCGCGCCGGCCAUCGGGCGGGCCUACUGGCACCUGGGUUCGGAUCCGGCGUCCACGAUGAUGGUAGACCUUUCUCACGCCACUCACCGGUUCACGCAGGCGAGGAGGGUACCGUGCUCGACCUGAUGCUCGCGAUCCGCGCCGAUGAGGCGAACCACCGCGACGUCAACCAUUUAGCUGCUGGUAUGAAACCGGGCCAGAUCAAUCCCUUCUUCGACCCCGAGGCCAAGCUCGACAAGAUGCUCCUCAAGUACGCGCACGACAUCCUCGACAAGACGCCCGAGGACGUCAAGCUCCGCACGAUGGGGCCGAGCGGCGCGUGA